UAAGUGGCAACGAGCCUCUGGGCAAUAUCAUGUGCAAGGGAGUUUCUGGGAACAGCAUUGCCAGGCUCCCCAGGCAGGGAGGUGUGCAAUGUAGUGUUUGAGAGUAACAGAAAUCCAAUGUCAUGAGUUCUUAAAUACUGAGACUGUCCUGUGUGCAGUGCAUUUCCUGCCAUCUCUUUGCAGCAAACUGAGGAGCCAGCUGCAGAACUGCCAAGUAGCCAAGGAAAGGCUGAAAUGCACAAGUGCCAAACCCACUUGAAAGAACAGGAUUGAUCAUCGAAACCCACCCUCAGAACUGGUCUCUAAACUCAAGCAUAGAGAGGCAUAACUCUCCCAGUGGCCACUGAGGACAUGGAAAGGCCUGUGAGAACACGGAGAACCAUCAGACUAAAGAAGACCCAGCUCUGAAUAAAUACAGGAAAGCCUUGAAAAAAUAAAGAAGCAUGUCACAAAAUACAAAUAACCAGCCUUUGCAGCUUAAACCAGAGCUGCCAAAGGCAAGUGACAUGCAUGCUCGGCCUGUUCCAAGGACUCCGGGAACUACAGAUGAGCGCAGGAAACAGCUGGAGGAGUGGUUGGCAGCCAAAGGCAGGACAUACAAGCGGCCGCCAAUGAGGUUGCUUCAGAAGCAGGCGGUGAUACCAUCCUGCAGAAAGGGCAAGCCAACAGAGAAACAAGAGCAGCACUUCCGAGCCCAGGCAAACAGCAUAUUAACUGAGUGCCUGCAGCUCAUUGAGGAGGGUGUCCAUGCAGAGGAGAUCUCAACAGUGCUGUCCCUUGUGCCCCAGGCAGAGAAAUUUGCCAAAUUCUGGAUCUGCCAAGCAAAGCUGCUGGCCCAGAGUGGCCCCUUUGAUGUGUUGCAGCUGUACAGAGAAGCAGUCAGCGCUGGGGCUGAGCCAGUUGAAGAUCUCCGAGAAACUGCUCUCAAUCUUUUGAAGGAUGCAGGCCAGAAACUGGAAGGAGCAAAGGGAGAAGAAGCCCCUCCUCGGGAGCCUAUCACACCUUGUCCCGCUGAGAGGCGUCCUUUAGCAUCAACUCCAGGCCUGGUGGGGAGGCACAUGACCUCCCUCCCUCCCUCAGUCAAAUUACUGGUUACAUCAGCAACCAGAGGAAGGGAAUUGCCAGAACACAGAGAAUUUAAAUUUCUAACCCCUGUGCGGCGCUCCCUGCGGACUGAGAGGGCUCGGAGUCGCUACCCAGAGAUGCUAAAGGACCAUGACCCUGUGGUGUCAGCUCUCAGUGAAAUCCUGGCUGCCGAGGAGGAGACAUGCUUCUUCUUCCGGAGGAACAAGGCUUUGCCUGAAGUGACAGAGCUGGAGGGCUUGAGCUCAUAUCCACCCAAGCGCCCCUGACGGUUCCCAGCAGGAGCAGGCUGCCUUGUACACAUUCCCCUGACUGCUCUUGCUGCCCCUCAGAUGUAGGGGGGAGGUUUUGGCACAGAAUAAGUAUCUAUCUGUGGUCAUUUGGCCAGAAAUGAGAUUUCUGGGAUGCUGUGAUCACUACCACCAAACCACCAAUGUGGUCAACCACCAAUGUUUGACCACCUGAUAAGACAUGGUGUGAUGUGACAUUGUAUUAUAUAGCGCUCCACAUGGUACUAUGUGAUAUCAUGCCACACCUUGUAAUGCCAUGCUGCUCGUUGUCCUGCUGCCCACCAUGCCAUUUGCUGGCCAUAGCUGGGGCAGAGGUGACAGUUUCAGGCAGCUGCCAGGGAUCCACUAUGAGAUGCCCACCUCAGUCACCUCCCAGCUGUGGUGCGGGCAUGGAGACAGAGUAGUGGAGGGUCCUGCAUGGGUCACGGUGGUUCCUGGGCUGUGGGGUGGCCCCCCAUGCCCUGGAUUUUCACCCAAAAAGCAGCCAAAGCAGAAGGAUUUUCCCAUCUGUAACUCCAUCCCCCAUGAGUAAUGAGCUGAGCCAUGCUGUCCUAGAAAACUUUUUAUUUCCACCUCCAUCCACAUACAAGUUAAAAGCAAAAAUAAAUAAGGUGUACAACAAGUAAGUACCAAAGCAAUGGGAAGACACAAUAAAUAAAUACAUAUAUAUAAACUGGGGUGGCUCGAGCCCAUGGGGCCCAGAGCUGCUAUUUCACAUGAAAUAGAUGAGGAGAGAGGUUGUGUCCCAGGGGUUGUACUUAGUACAUACAGCCUGAAAACCGGUGACUGCCGGUUGGGUUGGGUUGGUGCAGGGUCUUCAGCGCCCGCUCAGCUCAUAGGUAGCGAUGUUCACCUGGUCUGGGGUGUUGGUGAUGCCCACGGGCUGGCGGGGCUGCAGGGAUGUGCAGAUGAACCAGCCAGGGAAGGCGGCCGACUCGAAGCGUGUGGUCCCCUCAGCUGGGCUGUCCAGGCGGUAGAAGAUGAAGCGGGUCAGCUCCACGCUCUCAAUAUCCCUCCUGAUGUCAGCUUCCUAUAGCCAGAGGGGUGAAAUGGUGGUCAAGGUUUUCCAUUGGUUGACUUUAUGAGUUAAAAAUUAAAAGUUCUCUCCAAAAUUUGCCCUGAACCAAGACAAAGGUGGAAUGGAGCCCCCAGCCCCACAGAGGACAGACUGCUGGGACCCCUUGCUCACCUCCAGCUGCAGCACGGGCUUGGUGCCACUCAUCACACAUGACAUGUAGAGCUGGUAGCCCUUGAUACCCAAGGCCACCGGCACCCUCCCAGAGCCUGGAGCGCCCUGCGAUGACCGGGGACGGUACAGAGCAAUGUUGAGCUUCACUGCAGAGAGAAGGGACAGGUAAAGGGGUGCUCCUGGGCUUGUGGAGUGGCUUCUGGGUGGUCCAGGGUUUGGGGACAGGGACAUGGGGAUGGGACCAUGUGCUCUCACCUUUCUGUCCAGCAGAGGGUCCCUGUAGGUGCAGGGCCACCAGCUGGGUGGGUGACUCCAGUACGAAGCACUUGUGGUCAAUGUCCAAGAUGUCGAAGGACUGGGAGCGAGUGUAGCGGAAAACGGGUGCCCUGGUAUAACUGCCCUUGAUGCACUGGAAGGAGACAGGCUCUGUGGGGAGAGAGACAGUCAGGAGGAUGCUGCUCUCAGGUCCAAGAAUGUCCCCCAACAAUACCCUCUGGCUGGGGUGCCAGCCCUGACAUCACCCUCAUACCGAAAAUAUCAUCCAAGAAGCUGCCAAGGUCACUGUCUGCAAAGUCCUUGCGUGCCGGCUGCUUCAAGAGCUUGGUCACAGCCACCACCAGGACGGCAGCCUGGCGAAACGUCCUGGAAAGGGGUCCUUUUGUCACUGUCACUUGGAUGCCCACCCCAGGCGAUGUCCCCUCCAAGUCCAGCCGGGUCUUCUGCGGAAGAAAGGGGAUGUAGGGUGAGAGCCUGGCUUCCAUACAACACGGACCCCACCACUCCCACCACCUCAGCCUUACCUUCUGCGGGCACAGACAGCUGGGGCCAUACAACGUCUCCUCAUUCAGGCUGAAAGGCAAAGGGACGUGGUGAAGUCAGGGUCAGGAAUGCAGCCUCACAUCCCCAAAGUCCUCUCUGGCAUGUCUAUUCUUACCUGCUGCUCUCCAGCGUGUCCAAGUCAGGGACGAAUGCCAUUGCUGCCACUGACUGAAGAGUCCUGGGCUGAGACUUCACAGCACCUGCAAACUUCUGAGGCGCUUGCCUGCUCCUGCCUGUCCUGCCUGCAGUGCUGCUUGGCUGCUCUCUGAGCCCAGCGUCAGCGCGGCUGCUUUUCAAGAGCCUGUAGAAGGAAGCACCGUCAGAGUGGGAUUUCCAGGUUUCGCAAUGCCUGGUUUUGCCCAAUUACUCUGUUGAGACUGGAGGGCUGAGGGGGGCUGGUUGCCCCCAAGCAGUGCAGUGGGGAGGCAGAGCAUGGAGCAGAGCAGGGGAUACUCCAGGACCAGAUAUGGGUCAGAGCUGGGGAUGAUCCAGAGCUGGGUUGUGGGGCACAGCAGAAGGAUGCUCCAGGGCUGGUGUGUGGGGCAGAGAGCGGAGGGGUGUUUGGCGUUGAUGUGUGGGGCCUGUGACCAUGUGCCGAUCUGCCAUUUGGUUGACACAGCAGGGAGUUGGAGUCAGAGCCAGCUCCGACCCCAGUCCCAGCGCCAGCCCCAGCCCAGCUGUGACAACACUGUCACCGUCAGGGCCGGGGACUGUGGGUGUCCCGGACGUGGCCGGUGAUGCAAGCGCUGCCUCUCCACCAUUUCCCCACAGCUUCCUCCCGUACUGCCCAGACCCCUGGUGCCAUGGCCAGCUGUGCCUCCUCUGUCACCCCUCUUGUCCGCACUGCCCCAACACCAGUGGGUGCAGGACCCUGCUGAAAUAAAUAGGGAAGGAGUUCUUUCUCCUUUUUAAUGCCUUUAUUAAAAAUCAGCUCGGGUGGGGAGAACUGACAGAUUGCGCUCAGACCACUGCUGCUCCCAGGAGUGGCACGGAGGAGGAAGAAGAGUGCAGCUGUGUCUGCUGGUCUGCAGGCAGAGCUGAGGCUUCAGAACACCAGAGGAGUCCCAAUUUUUGGGUUUGACAUUCGAGGUCCUCUUUCUAGCCAACAUCUUUUAGGUUAGGGUGAGGGGUAAAAAGGGUCUUAGCGGACACCGGAUUCAGUUCCUCACGUCUAGGCAUCACUUUGAACUCUUAAUUCCACUGUGUCUUGGGUUUUUCCUGCUAGAUUUGGUGAGGGGUUUCCUCAUUUGCAUGCCAACCCCGAUGUCCCCUCCUCUUGGUAGUCCCGGGUGCCAAAGGGGGAUUACUAACCAUCAGGAACAGGUAAUUAAAGGAAAACUAUUAACAACAGAGGAUUACAACAUGAAAUUAUUAACAACAAAUAGUUAGAACUCCAAUGUGGCAGCAAUUGGCUUGUGAACUCUGUAACCUUUAAUAAAUGGACAACUUUUCUACUCAUAA